GCUCCCGGGUUGUUUCUGUUUGCAGUCUGCGGAGGAGAUGCUCCGGGAGGCCGAGUGCGGGAAGCAGGAGGACGGUUAGAAAGCGGGCGGCGCAGCGUGGGGCCCGGGCCGGGCGGCCGGGCCGCAGCCAGACCAUGAUCUACACCAGGCACUGGGGGGAACGGUUCUUGAACCUGCGGGUGCCCCCCGCCGGUGUGUUCGCUGUGGCCUUCCUGGCCCGGGUCGCCCUGGUUUUCUACGGUGUCUUCCAGGACCGGACUCUGCUGGUGCGGUACACCGACAUCGACUACCAUGUGUUCACGGACGCCGCGCGUUUCGUCACGGAAGGGCGCUCGCCUUACCUGAGGGCGACGUAUCGCUACACGCCGCUCCUGAGUUGGCUGCUCACUCCCAACAUCUACCUCACCGAGCUCUUCGGCAAGUUUCUCUUCAUCAGCUGCGAUCUCCUCACCGCCUUCCUCUUAUACCGCCUGCUGCUGCUCAAGGGGCUGGGGCGCCGCCAGGCCUGUGGCUACUGCGUCUUCUGGUUGCUUAACCCCUUACCUAUGGCGGUGUCGAGCCGGGGCAACGCCGACUCCAUCGUGGCCUCCCUGGUGCUCACGGCCCUGUACUUAAUAGAGAAGCGGCUGAUCGCGUGUGCCGCGGUGUUCUAUGGCUUCGCGGUGCACAUGAAGAUGUAUCCGGUCACUUACAUCCUCCCCAUAGCGCUCCACUUGCGGCCCGAGCGCGAAAGCGACGAGAGUCUCCGGCAAGCCCGCUACUCGUUCCAGGCUCGUCUGUACGACUUCCUGAGGAGGCUGUGUAGCUGGGCGGUGCUGCUCUUUGUCGCGGUGGCGGGACUCACGUUUUUUGCCCUGAACUUCGGUUUUUACUAUAAAUACGGUUGGGAGUUUUUGGAGCACACCUACCUCUAUCAUCUGACCAGGAGGGACAUCCGCCACAACUUUUCACCCUACUUCUAUAUGCUGUACUUGACGGCAGAGAGCAAGUGGAGUUUCACCCUGGGCAUUGCCGCGUUCCUGCCUCAGUUCAUCCUGCUUUCAGCCGUGUCCUUUGCCUAUUACAGAGAUCUGGACUUCUGUUGUUUUCUUCACACAUCCAUCUUUGUGACUUUUAACAAAGUUUGCACCUCUCAGUACUUCCUUUGGUACCUCUGCCUUCUGCCUCUGGUGAUGCCACUAGUGAGAAUCCCUUGGAGAAGAGCCAUAGCCCUCUUGAUGUUGUGGUUUAUAGGACAGGCCUUGUGGCUGACUCCCGCGUAUGUGCUAGAGUUUCAAGGCAAGAACACCUUCCUGUUUAUUUGGUUAGCGGGUUUGUUCUUUCUUCUGAUCAACUGUUCCAUCCUGAUUCAGAUUAUUUCCCAUUACAAGGAGGAACGCCUGAUAGAGAGGAUCAAAUAUGACUGACGUGCGUUCUGGAUCUUCUGCAGCUUCUGUUACAUUCUGAUCAUUCUGUAUGGACUGGGAAAGCUUUGCAAGUUUUUCCUCCCUGAACAUUCUGAGGACUCUAGUGAACGUUCCCGCGUUCCAAUAGAAAUGAAAACCAGUGUUGGCCUUCUAUGUAAAGGGGACCCAAUAAUUGAGGUCCAAGUCUCAUCUGCUUGAGAGAAAGGUCCUUGUCUGACAGUCGGAAAGCUGAUGAAGCUAGAAGAUGCUCACAUUUUUUUGAACAGUAGAAAAGUCGACAUAAGGUCCCUAGCAGUGUUUGUCCCUGUCCCACUGGGCCACUGUUGUCCCUUCAGCCCCCACCUUUCCUUUCUGCCGUGGUGACAGCUGUGAACAUUUACAGAGUUCCCAAAGUACAACAUUUUUACAUAUACAAUAUUAACACUACCAUGUGUGGUCGGGAAAGUUUGAAAUUUUUGUAUUGGGGCUUAGAGAUAAACAGUCCAAAGAAUUUAAAUUGUGAUCAUGUAUUUGUUUUGUAAUUUAGUUUUUCAGCAUUAGUACCGUUGGUUCGUGUGCAUCCUGAGGGCUCACUGGUCUGGACUAAAGAAGAGUUACCCAGGGAUGUGAGGAAGUGCAGAAACCAGCUUUGCUGGGUAGGUGCAGAGAUGCGGCCUUGCUGGGCAGGUGCUUUCUCUUACCACUGUGACAUUUCCUGGGGGAAAGUACUUUCUCAGCUGUAUGAAUAAGCAUCCAAAAAUAUUGUUAGAAAAGCUAGAGCCCAUCUAAGCUGAGGCUUCCUAACGUUCAAAGAUCUAGCAGCAGAUAGUAUGAUUUUGUGAUCAUGAUUUAAGAAAACCAGUAAAUUGUUUUCCAGACUUAAAAACACAACAAAUUUCUGAAAACAAAUACUCCUCCAGAAAAGUUGUUAUGUCAAGGCAAGCCUAAAAAGCAUUUGAGGGUAAAUAUUUAUAGGCAGGUCAUAAUUAGAAGUUCUAUUACUGGCAGCAUUUCUUUGCUGGAUUUCUUUUGGGAUUUGCUCUUAGAGGAAUAGGUGGCUUUUCUGUGGCUGUCUGUGUAGGAAAGCAGUCAGUUGUAGGAAACAUGACUUUUCCUAUAACGUCAAUUCCAUAUGCCUCGCUAGCUCAUUACUUGACAGCUCAUUGUUUAAGACAGUUUAAGAAGUGACCUUUCCAAUUCCAGCACAUGAACUUUUUAAAAUUAUUAUUAUGGGGCUUGAAAGCUGGGCCUCAAGCAUUCUAGGCACGCACUCCCACUGAGCUAUGUACCAACUCCAAGGGGAUUUGUAGCGUGAAAGCUUUGCGGAAGGAAAGUGUAGUUUGUGUUUGUAGAGGCCUGACUUUUGUCGUUAGACAGUCUUAGUCCAGGCUGGCCUCAGACUGACUUCAUAGGCCAAAGUAACCUCUAACUCCUGAUCCUCCCUCACACUGCUACCUCCCAAGAGCUGAGAUCACAGUCCUGUGACACUGUGCCUGGCUCAGAGAUUCUUUAUCAAGGAAAUGCAAGUGUUUCUUAAGAUAUUUUGCAGUUUAUCUGCUGCAAAUACUUAUUUCUUAUUACUUGUUCUAUGUGUAUGGGUGUUUUGCAUGUAUGUCUGUGCACCAUGCGCAUUCCUUGUGCCCAAAGAUCCCAGAAGAGGGCAUCGAUUUCCUAGAACUAGAGUCACAGCUGGUGAUAGCCACCAUGUGGGAGUCUUCUGGAAGAGCAGCCAGUGCUCCUAACCACUGAACCAACUCUCGAGCUCCCUGGUGCAAAAUAGUUAAAAGUUAAAUGGAGAAAUGGUUUGAUCUGGUCUCUUGGAUUUUACUUUUGCAUUGCAAGUUUUAAACUUUUUAUUUGGGGAAGAGGCACAAAUACCAUGGCCUGCGUAUGGAGAUCAGAUGCACCUGAGACGGCAGAGGAAAACUUGUGCUAGUCGACUGUCCUCUUUCCACUGCUGGCCCUGGGAUCAGACUUGGGUUGUCAGGCCUGUCAGCAGGUACCUUUUCACACUGAGCUGUUGAUUGCUUUGGCUACUUUUCACUGAUACCUGUUGUUUCCCGAUUAGUCCUUGAGUAAUACAUUAAAAUUGUAUGGCUCUUUGGCUUA